AUCAGAGGAGAAGGGCUGAGAUCUCUUGUUUCUGGAAGACAAAAUGAAUGCAACCUGGUGUUCUCAACCAGAUAAGAAAUUAUUCGAACACACAGUUCUGCCUACUCUUCACAUCUUGGUGUUUAUUGUUGGACUGAUUGCUAAUGGAUGGGGAUUGAACUCUUUGCGGCGCAACUGGAAGAAACUGGGAAAUGUCAACAUCUUUGUCCUAAACCUUGGACUAGCAGACAUUCUGUAUCUGCUCACUCUCCCCUUCCUGAUUGUGUACCACAUGAAAGGAAACAAAUGGAUCUUUGGAGAAGGAUUCUGCUUGGUAACAAGAUUUUGCUUCAACCUGAAUCUGUACUGCAGCAUCGGGUUCCUCACCUGUAUAAGUGUGUACAGGUACCUGUCCAUCGUCCAUCCCAUGAGAGCGAAGGGGAGAUUGACCGCGACUCACUCUGUGGUCAUCUCAGUCGUUGUUUGGAUUUUGGUGGGUGCUCAAAGUUUUCCAGACAUGUUCUACGAUAAAACAUUUAGAAACGGAUCAAAGUGCUUUGCCACCACGUCUUAUGAACAUCUGGAGAGCUACCUGGAUUACACCAUCACAUGGACCUUCUUUGGAUUCUGCAUCCCUUUCGUCAUCAUUGUUGGCUGCUAUGGACAUGUGACUGUUGUUGUCUGCCGCUCAAAUACGAUCGACAAGAAUAUGAAACAACAACUCUUAAAGCUUUUAGUCAUAUUGAUCGUUCUCUUUUCUCUUUGUUAUACACCCUACCAUGUCUUCAAGAACCUCAGCAUGUAUUCCAGAGUCCUGAUUAAUCAGGGAACAUGCCCCGAAUGGGAUUCUGGAAUCUUCAAUGCUCGUCAGGCAAGUCGUGGUCUUGUGAGCCUGAACAGUGCUCUCAACCCGCUGGUUUACUUGCAUGUAAAUGAGGAUAUGGGUUAUCAUUUCAGGCAUGUGUUCAGAUGCUGUUUUAAGCUGAAAUCUAGAUCUGUAUCAGAACCUAAGACUGAGCAAGAAGCUGAAAAUAUGAUAUGCUAAAAGGUCUUAUGUUUUUAACCAUAUGAUAAGUGAAAGUGUUUCACACUUCUGUACGCUCUCUAUUCCUCCAACUUCUUCACUCUCGUUGCCAGAUUCUAGGACAUUCAUGAUCAAAUUAAGUCGAACCAGUUUCAGUUUUAUUGAUGGUAUAAAAUUUGUCGUCUCUUUUCUCAUUCAUUGUGCUGAAUUAAUUUUUUUCUUGUCCACACAGUA